GGAGAGCACUCUUACUGCCCCUACGAGGUUGAGGUGGAUAGGUGCUGCUGUUCCACGUUUUCAUAUACUAUGGAGCGUCUGGAAAUUAGAAGUGCAAAAAGGUCAAAGAGGCCGUUUUUGUUUUUCGUCACAGUUUGUUGUCGAGAAAAAAAAAGGCAAAUGAUGUUGGUAGGAACAAUCCUCGGUUUGAUAUUCUUAUGAAUCUAGUGGUCGCUGGAUCUUCGACGUGUGUAAAAUAUAUAUGCAUGAGGGAGCUCGUUUUCAUAGCCAUGGUCGUUCUGAAUAAACAGUUUUAGUAUUUCGUGAAGAAAGUCGUCUUGUUUUUGUUUCGAGCUGAUUACAUCUCGAGCCGAAUGGAAGCUGCAAACUUGAACUAGGAGGACGUCGAACUUAUUACUCUCGCACUCUUCAAUGUCGAUAAUAGGACAACAACUUCAUCAGGAUAAAAAGAUAGAAAUCGCAUUAUUUUUUUUUUGAGAAAAAUGGGUCCGCCCAAUGCUACUGCAACGCUCGGCGGCUCGUCUGAGCCCACACGGGCAGCAGCAGGAGAACAAGCCUCCGUCUCAGCAGGAGACCAUACUCUAGUCGCAGGAACAACUGAGCAACAGCAGCCCUCCGAAGAGCAGGACGCGCAGAUGAAUGACGAUGUUGCUCCAUCUCCCUCCGAAGAGCAGGACGCGCAGAUGAAUAUCGAUGUUGUUCAAAAAGAACUAGAACAACCAUCUCUUCGAGUAGAAGAUCCGCAGUCUUCUAGUACCACGUCAACUUGUGUUUUCAAGCAGAAAGAGGCUCCUGAGCUACCUCCUACUUCUGUUCUUGAGCAGAAAGAGGCUGAGGUGGCACUUCCAGAUUCUUCUGAUCCAGGACUGCACCAGAACGACGAACCAGUGAUUCUCCACAUUCCCACGACAAUAGAGAAUCCUGCGGAUGUAUCUGGAAUUGACGCUGAAUUUGCCUCUGAGCUCUUGUUAAGGCUUCUUGUUCAACUAGUCUAAUAUAUCUGUAGAAGUUCAACUACUUCAAGUUCAACCUAUCUACUUUCUUACUAGAAGAAGACCUUCCGAGGAGUCGAGACCUUCGGAGAGAGUAGAGGCUGGCUUGUUCUCAAGGGCCGGAGGGAAAUAAGGAGAAGAAAGGCCCUGCUCCUCCUCCAGAGAUGACUACUACUAAAACUAUCCUCCCUAAAAAGAAGGUGAAGAGACUCCUGCCAUGCCAACAUCCUCUAAUCUCGCAAUUACAGAGGAAUACGUUCUUUAAUCGCGAUGUUGUCAGCCAAGAGGAUCCGGAUUUUAAGGAAAGAAUCGAAGGCGUAAAAGACGAAGCCAGACCAAGCUUAUUACAUUUGGAUGGAAGGUGUUGAUUUUGAUAGCAAUAGAAGUAGAUUUAGAUUAUAGUCUGGUCUGUCUUUUUUCUAGUUAGGUCGGCUCCACCACGAUUGUAUAAGGGUCUUGAUGUUGGGCGUUGCUCAUGAUAUUGAAGUAGAUGUUGUUUUCGAUGACUAGUAAGGGUCUCGAUGUAUUCAAGAUUUGGCUCUAUUUAUGCAGGAGGAGGUGAUUGAAGAAGAAGAUGUCAUGUUGCUAUGUCACAAUGUCUUCUUUGUCUUUGCUUGUCCAUGUGGUCGUGUUUGUAAAUGAUCAUCUGAAGUAGGAGUAGGGACUACACACGUGUUUGUAAAUGAUCAUCCGGGACUACACAACAACAACUAAAACUAUAAAUUUAAAUUAGUUCUUUAAGUAUAAGUUAAUAAAACUCCCUUCCGAAUAGUUCGAUGCGACCGGCACACACAUGAACACACACAGACCCGACAGCAGAGAACUCGAUGACGACGAGGAGGGGACCGCGCGAAAAAGACCGAGAUUUGAUACCGCAGAAGAACCUGUGGAAGGACAUAGGAAUAAGGCAUGCACACCGACGACGCCUAUCGAUAGGACUACGGCACAAGGUACUUGAGCGAUUCUAAUUUGCAAUUGAUUUUAUCUAAUGAACGACUAAAUAAUUCUACGAAAACGACGAGAGUCAGAGUCUAAAAGUAUUCUUGAUCGUGCUACUGCAACUACAAGGACUAGUACAACGAGUGACGCUCAUUCCACCGAUGUUUGACUGUACUAAGAACAAGGAACGAGGUAAGAAAAGAUGAUGUUGUUCUAGGUACGCGAGUGUUUUUUUUGUUUGAAAAAUAACAGCUAUAAAGCUAGCAGUUUCUGUGUUAGAGACAAACACUAUCUAUUACCAUAUUCGUGGUCUACCAGGGCUCUCACUAAAUUUUGCUUUUGCUUUUGGGUUCUUUCGAUUUUUGUUUUGCAUUUCUUUGUUGUAGAAGUACCCCUUCUUCUAUCACUAUCGUGUGUUAUUUCCUUUUCAUCGUGGUCCCACUCCCACUGACCCAUUUACUAUGUUGUAGCAAUAACAAGAUGGAUUCAGUUUUCAGUUCUUUCUGGAUGCCGGAUAGCGUCCAGCAUUAUCUUGGCAAUGAAGCGCGCACGGUGAUGAUAAGUGGUAAUAUGAACAAGCAGGUCGCGGAGCAGCAGAAAAAUGGACAUGGCGACGACAAUGAAGUUCUUGCGGAAAUAAAUGUAAUGAAAAUAAACGCAACUUCUACUUCUUCUACUUCUUCUCCAACGAGUACGAGCGUUCUUGCUGAAAAAAUGAAUGAUGAAGGCAAGACAACUGCAAAUACAACUACAAGUGCAACUUCUAACGCCACAAGUGUAGUUUUUUCACCGUCUACGACAUCGUCUUCACCUUGGUCAUCGUCGAAUAUCGGAGGAACAAGUAAUGGCGGUGAUGGAGGUAGUGGAAAUCAUAGUGCUCUAGGAUCGUCGCCUUCAUCCUCUGGCAGUGCAUCAGGGUUGAUGUAUCAGCCGGGCUUGUCGCCUCCCGCAACGAUAUUUUCGUCGGAAGGCGGAGAUUCGUCCUACGACGCAGAAAUAGCGGAUGAGGGGAUAGAGAUUGAAGCUUCUACGGAGGUGGCGCACGAAGGGCCUUUAUUUGCUCAACAAACGAACAGUCCGACGUCGAACAAGCAUGACGAGCCACCUGUCUUCAAAGAACUACAUCAAGAUCGAGAAGAAGAGGAGGAUGCCACAGCAUCAUCAUUAGCUGCUGAAACAAGAAUAUUAAAGCCAUUGACACUUCUAGCACCACCAGGAGUUGCACAGGCGCAACACCAGGUUGUAGAUGAGGAACUUGAACCGAGUCCAGAUGAUCCAAGAACACCUUUCCACCACCCUCCAGCACCCCAAUUGAACUCUGUUUUAGUGCAAGCCGCUUUACAACAGUUCGGCGGAUUCGUCCAUCAUACUGAGUGGAACUCGGAGUUAAUGCUGUCCAAUGUGGACUUUAGUGGUGGGUUUGCCAGAGGCGUGUUUUCCGAUAAUCCCGAAGUGGAAUACUCUCUGACUGCUGUUUUUCUAGACGGUUGCGGAUUGGAAUCCUUGGGUGACGGAGAUGGAUUUUCGGAUGAGGAUGGUGGAUAUGGAGGCACAAGAAAUGGCCAAGGCGCCUCCACAAUGUGGACAACCAGUACGCAAACGGCGUCAGAUCUGCUAAAUUCAGCGGGAGAGAACUUCGUGGACUACGUGAGCGAUGUGGCACGGUGGAUGGAGGACUUGGCGAUUAGCACAGUAGUACCGCCUCCAACAGGGAGUGCAGCUACUUCAGGGACUUGUACAGCUUCAGCGAGAAGAGAGAAGGACGACAUUAAUAUCAACAUCAACCAGAUGGACGACAAUAAAGCAGCAACUGCAACGUCAACAAAUAAAGCAAGAAGACCUACUUCCAUGACUACAGAAGGUUAUUCAACUACGGUGUCUCCUACUAAGUCUUCUGAAGAACCUCAAGCGCCUCCUAUGUCUUCUCCUGAACAAGAACCCAAACUCCUACGUCCACCAUGGCCACCCAGUGCUUUACGCCCUCUCCUGAAUCUCCAGCAAGCCUAUCUCAUGCGCAACCGGUUGACGGAAAUACGUGCCAUUGAUUUCCCACCUUCUUUACGAAUUUUAGAUGUCUCUGAGAAUUUGAUUGCGAGGAUAGAACUCUCGCCAAACGAUAGUAGUGAGAUGACGACUGCAACUUCAACUUCUAGAAGUAGAAGUACUUCCCGAACGAGUGCAUCAAACUACUACAUCCGCCAACAAGUUCAACAUCCUGGUCUUCCGCGUUUGCAACAGUUGAAUCUCAGUCGAAAUCGUAUUAAAAGUCUAGACGAUAUCCACAGCGUACAUUGUUUACCAGCUUUGGCUUUGCUGGAUGUCGCUGAAAAUCCAUUUUCUUCGAAGGAAGCGGCGAGACGAGUCGAGAUGAGAUCAACACCAAAACAAGCGUCGGCUGCAGCAGGGACUAGAGGUGGAGGUGAGAUGAAUGAUCUUCUGAUAGAAAAUCCAAUGUUCUUACAACUAGUUGGUGGAGAACGAGAAUCGGAACCCUUUCCACCCUCCAAGAGCAGGACGACGACGUCAAGCUCCUGCUCCAGAAUAAAUACUUCUACGGUGGAGGAAGUCGUCAACGCAGCCUUAUUCCACGAUAUUGCGGCUUUUUUUUGCUCGUCAUCGCCACGUGAUCGCGCCGGCACUAGAAGUCCUAGGACGACCAGGAGUCCUCGAAGCAGAAACAGAAAAAAAGACCCGCCUAGUACGAAUGCUUUAAUGCUAGGAGGUGGUGGCCCUAAUCAACAUCAUCACGAAGCUUCGACAGAUCUUUUGGGCUACAUCGACAAUAGCAUUACCCAGGAGCACACGCGCAGUAACAGUAUCGAGGUGGAGGAGAGUAACAAGAAGAAUAUUACAGGAACCAGCAUAAGAACCGACAGCCACGAGAUCGAAGUUCAUCGCCCUCUGUUUCAUAACCUGCGUUCGCUCCGCGUCUUCGACCGGUCUCUCUAUACUAAAACCGAAGGCAAUCCAAAAAAAGACCCCAAACAACUGGCUCUUGAAGCCGAUUUGAAGUUGCAUCUGCACAAUUACCGGGAAAAGAUAGCGAUCGCCUUGCCAGAUUUGAAUCUUCUGGAUGAUAAGGUUUUGGUAUGGGAAGAAGGAGAGAAAUACUUUUUCUAGUCCUCUUACGUUGCUGGUGGUGGUGCAGCAUUGAAGAUCAGUAGAUAACAAGAUUUAAGAUGAGGAAGUAGAACAGGCUCGGAAUUAAAAUUAUACCCCUUCUGGCCUGUCGCAGUGUGCUUGCUUCGGAAGCUCAGGCUCCGUCUCACUGUUUUUCUCCAACCCCCUCUGCGUGCCCCUACUACAACUUGCUUGCAUUCUCGUUUUGGCUUUUUGAGUAGUAGACUUUUUUCUUCUUGAUCUUCUUUUUACCCUUCUUGGUUAUUCUUGCUGCUCGAUUCAAGUUUGGGUGGCUAUCUGUAUGGUCGUGUUUGCGAUUCAAGUCAUGUGACGGUCGUCUCUCAUCUUCGAAAACUGUAGGUAGCACACAACAUUGAUUGAUUAGCUUUACCAUAUUUUUCCCCGUGUAUGAAAUAGCCGCUUGCAGCUGUUCCUCCGUCGGGUGGCCGCUGGCAGUGGUUGAUGGCACAUAUUUUUCCCCGUGUAUGAAAUAGCCGCUUGCAGCUGUCCCUCCGUCGGGUGGCCGCUGGCAGUGGUUGAUGGCACGAAGAAGCUCAGAUAGAUGCUCAAUUGUUUUACCCUUCGCUUUAGUUGUCACAUCGUUGUCUUAGAUCAAAGGAUUUCUUUUCUACACAAAAUUUUCCCGAAGGGGUGCUGGAGUGAUUUUCAUUCUAAUUAAUUACAACUUUUCCCGAGUCGUGCUCGUGUUCCUUCUCCCUACAGCAGCAUCUCUUGAUUAGCCGCGGGAGGUGUCCUCAUAUCUGCAAGUAUGGUCUGUGUCGAACUGUAAACAAGGGUUGUGUGGCUCAAGCAACAGCAGUGGAUUUCUUUUCCCUCGUCCCCUAAAAAUAGCUUGGCGAAAAACCACAAGUUACACGACUAGUAGUACUAGUAGUACAACACAAUACAAAAUAUACUGAGAUACAACAAAUUAUACUGUUUUUGUUAUUUCCUACUUCUUCUAUAGAAGGUAACUAUACUGCUUACUACUUCUUGUUCUUCUAACGGUAACUAUACUGCUUACUCGGAAGUAGAGUGAAAUAAAUGUAUGAGUGUACUACUACUAACUAUGAUAGUGAUGAUCGAGACCUACAACUUUAUUUAUCUUCAUCCAAACUCAAUUAUUUCCAUCAACAAGCUCGUUAAAUCAAUGCCUUACACUCUUUGGAUUUAAGGUUAUUUCCCACGAAUCGAAACUCAACCUCCAACAAAAUAACUCCGGCAACAGGUGGUGAAGACCUCCUUCCCGUGUUGAAGACUCCGAUCGGCACGCCUGGUGGAAGGGAGACACCCUUCGAUUCGGCAUCCUCACGGCGCCACCCUCUGGGCACACCUGGCGGUUCCGGUUUGCGUUCCUGCUUGAAGUCUGGCGGUAAAAGUCCAAGACCCGGCACAGCGCGAAACAGCAAGGUCGGGGGCCCUCGUCCACGAGUGCACUUCAGCAGUGCUAGAAUUAAGGCUUUUCAUCUAGAAUUAAUAACUCGUCCACGACCGCGUUUCUAGAAUUAACGAAGUCCACGAGUGCACUUCAGCAGUAGUUUAUCCUCGCUAUCUAAUAAUACAGUAGGAAAGUGCUAGUCCUCCACGAGUGCACUUCAGCAGUUUAUCGCUGCCUUACUUAGUGAACUCUGUAUUCCUGGCCUAACUGUUCUAGGCCAUGGUAAAAGUCGGUUGUUGUAUGAGGGGCUCUAGUUUCGACUGGCUCUAGUUUCGCAUAGUGAAGAAAGUUGCAGAUUUGUUCUACCUCUAAUGGAAGGAACAAGAGAGGUGGUGGCGGUUCGCAUGUGGUGAAAAAUUGUAAUAUACCAGAUCAAAUCGCUGGAGAAGAAACAAACAAGAAAGCACCACCACCCGCAUCUGCUGCUACAUUAGCUUUGGCUGAAUUGAGAGGAGAUGACGAAAAUCUAGGACCAGGAGGGGGAGGAGACAAGAGCACCUCGAAUAAGGAAGAUCUUCAAGUUCAAGUUAAGGCUGUACCUAAUACAUCUUUGGACGCUGCGUCCUUGCUGAAAUGUAUGGACGAGGAGUGGACUCCACCUAAGGGAGUAAUUCUCUCCCAUAGUACUCUUCAAGGAUGCACCUGAAAGAUGAAUUACGGACAGCGCUAAUCAAGGAGAAGACGACGACCACUUGAAAGAUGAGAACGUCCUAGGUGCGCCAGGAGGUGGCGGGUGGCUAGAUUAUUCCUUUUCGUCCGCUGCAGCGUCGCCAGUAGAACCAACAGGCAGUGGCGGAGGAGGUGGGCUACUGCAUCAUGUUGGACGCCUGUUGUGGAGCGCGAACAACUCUGCCAAUGGAGGAUCCGCCAAAGGUAGUUCUUCGAAUAACAACUCUGUGAAUUCCAGCAGCAGUGCUCCAAACAAGGGACCUCCCAACACGGGCCCUUCAUCGUCCUCUAGUUCGUGCGCAGGGAGUCCCCCAGCUGUGGUUUCUCCUCAUCUUCUACAUCUACCUGCCACUUGCAGUGGCAAAGAAGCUGGUUUGAGCAGUGCCAGUGCUGGCAAUGUCCGAUUUGGGGUUGUAGAACUUCCACCCAUAGAAGAAGAAAUAGAAGCAGGCGGACUGGUAGAGAGGAAUGAGAAAAAGACCGACGUCGCCGCAGAGGGAACAAUUGCUGAAGGCUCUGAGAAUGCUGAGAAAAAGACCGACGUCGCCGCAGAGGGAACAAUUGCUGAAGGCUCUGAUAAUCCUGAGAAAAAGGCCGAAGUCGCUGCAGAGGAAACAAUUGCUUCAGCGCCUCCCGCGGUCGCAAGUGCAUCCUCCUCCUCCUCCUCCUCCUUCGCAGGAGCUUGCUCAAUAA